AUGUCACUCUUUGUGAUUGCCGCUUCGGCCCUGCUCGCUGUAUGGUCGUCGCCAGCAACAGCCGAAUUGGUCCGGCACGAUAAAUCUUGGUCACCCGAUACUGCCCUCUAUGCAACGGCGGCGAACAUCACAAUAGACUGUCAGUCGCGCUACUCAGUACUUCUCAACGGCACCUCUCCUGGACCGGCAUUGUAUCUAGAGGAGGGAAAGACGACUUGGAUCAGAGUGUAUAACGAGAUCCCUGACCAAAACAUAACCGUCCACUGGCAUGGUCUGACCGCAAGAGUUGCACCAUACUCGGAUGGCACUCCGCAGGCCAGCCAAUGGCCCAUCGCACCGGGACACUUCUUUGAUUAUGAGAUUCAUCCAGAAGUAGGAGAAGCUGGAACGUACUUUUACCAUUCACACGUCGGCUUCCAGACAAUCACUGCAGCAGGGCCACUGAUCGUGAAUUCCUGCGAACCAGAGCCCUACCAGUAUGACGAAGACAUCAUUUUGUUCCAGCAAGACUACUACAACAAGACCGAUGCCACGAUUGAGAAGGGUCUCAUCGCCAAUCCCUUUGUUUGGAGCGGAGAGACGAACGCGAUACUGCUAAACGGACAAAGCGGCAAGGCGCAAACGGAUAAUGCCACCGACCCCAGCUGUCUACCACAUAUUAUAAAAGUAGAACCAGAGCGGACGUAUAGGCUGAGAUUCAUCGGUCAGCAAGUCAUCUCGCUAGUCACGCUGGGCAUCGAGGGGCAUGACAACCUGACUAUCAUCGAAGCUGACGGUUCAACUACGAAGAAAGCUCACACUGGCCAUCUGCAGGUAGCUCCUGGGCAACGUUUCUCUGUGCUUUUCAAGACGAAGUCAGCGGAAGAGCUGAAAAAGUCGAACCGCACAGACUUCUGGAUACAGUACGAGAACCGGGACAGACCCGCGAAUGUCUCCGGCUACGCAUUGCUGUCAUAUCAUACUGCAGUGGGUGGCUAUAACCAAAGCAACUCUACGUCGACGAUCGUUCUGCCAGAGACAAAGCCAAUCACUCUUCCUCAAGAUGUCGCAAACUGGCUGGAGUACUCCCUCACCCCGUACGAGACCACGUCCAAUCCGUUCCCUCCCGCAAGCGCAGUUAACCGCACCGUCGUAAUCACAGUGCAACAGAAGGUCAACGGUACGACCGAAUGGGCACAGAAUGGAAACAUCUGGAAAGAGAGUAACAUCACUUAUCCCUAUCUAACUGAAAUAUACAAGCGGGGCCAAGAAGCGAUCCCCAACUACGAAGCCGCGAUCGCUAAUUACGGAUGGGAUCCCAAGACGCUCGCGUAUCCCGCCAAGAUCGGCGAGAUCAUAGACAUCGUAUGGGAGAAUAACAACGGUCCGAGCGGUGGUUGGGACAUUCACCCGUUCCAUGCCCACGGCCGUCACUUCUGGGAUCUCGGUUCCGGAAAUGGGACUUAUAAUGCCACUGCAAACAAUGCGAAGCUGGACAAGCUUUACCAAGAGGAUGGCUGGACACCAGCUGUGAGAGAUACUACGAUGCAGUAUCGGUAUGCGGAGAAAGGCGUGCCGAACACGACAGCCGGGUGGCGGGCAUGGCGGGUCAAUGUUUCGGAGCCUGGCGUGUGGAUGAUGCAUUGCCAUAUCAUUGCGCACAUGAUUAUGGGCAUGCAAACAGCUUGGGUGUUUGGAGAUGAAGCUCAGAUCACGUCUAAGGUUCCUCAGCCGUAUGUGGCAGGCUAUCUUGACUUCGGUGGGAGCGCUUAUGGAAACGCGUCGUAUGACCCGCUGGUAAACCAUUACUUUGGGUGA